AACCCUGCAAGAUGUCUUGCUACGACCUGUGCCCACCAAAGACCAGCGUGGCCGUCCCGCAGCCCAUCGCCGAGAGCUGCAACGAGCUGUGCGCCCGCCAGUGCCCCGACUCCACGGCCUUCAUCCAGCCGCCCCCCGUGGUGGUCACCUUCCCCGGCCCCAUCCUCAGCUCCUUCCCCCAGCAAGCCGUGGUGGGCUCGUCCGGAGCCCCCGCCUUUGGGGGCUCCCUGGGGCUGGGGGGCCUCUACGGGGCCGGGGCCACGCAGGGCUCGGGGGGCCUCUGCACCUUUGGCAGACCCUACGCUGCUCCCGCCUGCAGCCCUUGCGUCCUGCCCCGCUACACCAAGAAGCUCUGGGACACCUGUGGGCCCUGCUAGACACAGCCCCAGAGACAAC